GUUAUUUCUUCAUAUCUCCCCCUCCUCUCUCUCUCUCUCUCUCUCUCUAACCACAUCUUCCAUCUCUCCAAUUCAGGGCGAAAAUGAGGGAGAUCCUGCACAUUCAAGGAGGACAAUGCGGUAAUCAAAUCGGUUCCAAAUUCUGGGAGGUUAUCUGUGACGAACAUGGCAUUGAUCCUAGCGGUAAGUAUAAAGGACCCGAUGCACCUGGAUCUUCCGAUGUACAGUUGGAGAGAAUCAAUGUUUACUUCAAUGAGGCAUCCGGCGGUCGUUACGUUCCUCGCGCUGUUCUUAUGGAUCUCGAACCUGGUACCAUGGAUAGUAUCAGAUCUGGUCCUUUUGGUCAGAUCUUUCGUCCUGAUAACUUUGUCUUUGGUCAAUCUGGAGCUGGAAAUAAUUGGGCCAAAGGUCAUUACACUGAAGGCGCUGAGUUGAUCGAUUCUGUUCUCGAUGUUGUCAGGAAGGAAGCCGAGAAUUGCGACUGUUUACAAGGUUUCCAGGUUUGUCAUUCUCUUGGAGGAGGGACAGGAUCUGGGAUGGGAACUCUUUUGAUAUCUAAGAUAAGAGAGGAAUAUCCAGAUAGGAUGAUGCUUACAUUCUCUGUUUUUCCAUCUCCAAAAGUUUCAGACACUGUGGUUGAACCCUACAAUGCGACUCUAUCAGUUCAUCAGCUUGUGGAGAAUGCUGAUGAGUGCAUGGUUCUUGAUAAUGAAGCACUUUAUGAUAUUUGCUUCAGGACAUUGAAGCUCAGUAAUCCUACUUUUGGUGACUUAAACCAUUUGAUUUCUGCAACCAUGAGUGGGUCAACAUGCUGCCUUAGAUUCCCGGGUCAACUAAACUCCGACCUAAGAAAGCUAGCCGUAAACCUAAUCCCCUUCCCACGUCUCCACUUCUUCAUGGUCGGUUUCUCCCCUUUAACCUCCCGUGGUUCCCAACAAUACGUAUCCUUAACUGUGCCCGAACUAACCCAACAAAUGUGGGACUCCAAAAACAUGAUGUGCGCGGCUGAUCCUCGCCAUGGACGAUACCUAACUGCCUCGGCCAUGUUCAGGGGAAAGAUGAGCACGAAAGAAGUCGAUGAACAGAUGAUUAAUGUUCAGAACAAGAACUCGUCGUACUUUGUUGAGUGGAUACCGAACAAUGUGAAGUCUAGUGUUUGUGAUAUACCUCCUAUGGGUUUGAAGAUGGCGUCGACGUUCAUUGGUAACUCGACGUCGAUUCAAGAGAUGUUUAGGAGGGUGAGCGAGCAGUUCACGGCUAUGUUUAGGAGGAAGGCCUUCUUGCAUUGGUAUACAGGGGAAGGGAUGGAUGAGAUGGAGUUUACGGAGGCGGAGAGUAAUAUGAAUGAUUUGGUCGCGGAGUAUCAGCAGUAUCAGGAUGCUACCGCGGAUGAAGAGUUUGAGGAAGAAGGGGAAGAGGAGGGCGAUGAAAACUGAUGUAGGCCGGUCUGGACACCAAUCAGACAAAAAUUGUAAGUGUGUUUUAUUAAGUGGAUUAUAAUUGUUAUUGCUUAUAUUUUAGUUGUGAUUCCUUGCAUGUUGUUCACUGUUUAUUGUUGCAUAUCGUUUUAUUCGAAUAAGAAUGUGUUUGUUGUGCUUU